AGGGGAAAAAAUGUCGUCACUACUGAAUGCGAGUGAAAGAGCGUAAUAAUUACUAAAUGGGAUUUCCCAAAACAACAAGAGUAAUAUCGAAAUUCACCGAAAGACGUUUUUCCCAGUAUUUCAGACUUACUAGGUAACGAUGAUAAACUAUUUUGUAGGCACCAGAGCGUACAAUAUCAGAUAACAUUGCAUAUGAUUUCUCGUAAGAAUUAGAGUUUUCCCCUUUGUUUGCCUUUGCAAAGAAAUUAUUCAAAUAAAAGCAUAAUGAUGCUCUAGUUUGAAGCUUUUAAUUUCAGUGAAAAACUAAGUUUAAUCUUUCGUACAAGAUGUACGAUUACAACAUUACAAGAGAAAACUCAUACCCAACUCCACUUGCAAAUACAACUCUUUUACCUCUCAUGCUCAUGUCUUUGGCAACUCAAAAGAAUGCACCGACAGUCCUUCAAACACCAUCUUCUUUGCUUUCUCAAUACGAUUUCAUCAUUGUAGGUGGAGGAUCAGCGGGAUCUACAGUGGCAGCUCGUUUAUCCGAACUACCGUGCUGCAAUGUGCUUUUACUAGAGGCUGGAAAAGUAGCGCCCUUGUUAAAUGAUAUACCUGGAUAUGGAAGAAAUUUCUAUUUCGAUGACAUUUAUUGGAUGUACAAAACUACACCACAAGAAAACACAGCUCGGUUGCAAGUAGAUAGAAGUUUAUAUUGGCCCAGUGGAACAGGUCUAGGUGGCUCAAGUCUUUUAAAUGCCAUGAUCAAUAUUAGAGGAAAUAAGAAGAACUUCGAUGAUUGGGCCGAGGACGGAGCAAAAGGAUGGAGUUACGAGGAAGUACUCCCGUAUUUUCUGAAGCUUGAAGACGAACGGGAUUCUCGAUAUUACGAACCUGAAUACCAUUCUACUGGAGGACCAAUGUCAGUCGAAUCUCCAAAUUACCAUCCCACUAUUGAAGAUCCGAUAUUUGAAGCUGCCAGAAGCAUGGGGUACGAAAUCGUUGAUCCUAAUGCAGAGAAACAAACUGGAUUUGUGGAAGUUCAAGCGUCUCUUCGUAACAUGCAAAGGUGGAAUACUGCAAAAGCUUACUUGGUGCCUGCAGAACACAGAAAAAACUUACAUAUUCUUACAAAUGCUUACGUAACUAAGAUAUUGCUCCAGAAUAAUAGAGCAGUCGGUGUUUCAUUUGAAGUGAAUGGAGAAAUAUACGCAAUAGAAGCAAAGAAAGAAGUAAUUGUAUCUGCUGGAAGUGUGAAAACUCCUCAAUUGUUGAUGCUCUCUGGAAUAGGACCAAAAAAUGAUCUUACAAAACUUGGAAUUCCUGUCGUAGCUGACCUACCUGUAGGACAUAAUUUGCAAGACCACUGUUCAUGUACCAUGAAUUUUGCUUUGGACUCUAAUUUAGAGACUGCAGACGAANUAUGUACUCCCAACGAGGCAACACAGGGGAAUUUCAUGCGAAACAUAACAUUUAUAGGCGUUUUGGCUGGACCAUUCAGUGUCACUGCUAUGGCAUUUUUAAGAGGUUCAUGUACCAAACCUGAAAAGGAUUUUCCAAACUUUCAACUUUAUUAUAAUCUUGGCUCUACGGUUAUCAACAAAGCUCUGUCUGAUGUCUUGAUCCCUGGGGCAUAUCAACAGAUAUUUGGACCUUAUGAAAAUAGGCCUUUUUAUCAGUGUUUUGCACAGCAUCUGCAGCCAAAAAGCAGAGGAUACGUAAAAUUAAACUCCACAAAUCCUUAUGACCCACCAAUCAUUAAUCCUAAUUAUUACGAUGAUCCACAGGAUCUGAGGGACAUUGUUGAAGGACUAAAAGUUUGUUACAAGAUCGGAACUAGUAAAUCAAUGCAAAAAAUUGGAUCAGAACCUUUUGCUACAGUUUUUCCAGGCUGCGAAAAUUUUUUGCAGAAUAGUGACGAAUAUUUCACGUGCAUGGCAAGAUCAUUGGCAUUCACAAUAAGUCAUUAUGUUGGAACUGCGAAAAUGGGUGCUGUAGACGAUCCAAGAACAGUAGUUGAUCCUCAAUUAAAGGUGAAGGGUAUCAGGGGUCUUCGUGUAGUGGAUGCGUCUGUGUUUCCUAUUAUAACAUCUGGAAAUACAAACAUUCCAACAAUUAUGGUGGCAGAAAAAGCUGCAGACAUGAUUAAAGCGAGUACUAAAUGCUAGAGACACAUUUCAAUGGUUUAACCAAGAAAAAUUCUAAUUUGGUUUCACAGAGUUAGUUAUCUAUUGACAUAAAAUUGAAGUCGAAUAAAUUUGUUCGGUCACCCAUCAGGCUUUGACAUUAUAAUUUUAUAAAUUCCUAUUUAAAUUUUUACAAUUCGUUAAAACUCGUUAAAUGUUUCUCUCCAAAUAGAUUGCUUAGUAAGACUGCGAAAGUAAUUUCUAAAAAUGUUUUGCAAUUUUGUAUUCGUUUCUUUUUAAUGGAAGCUAUCUUACAUUAAAAUUUCUGGUGAAAGUAAAUCUAACUUAUUCUUUCUUUAAUAUGUGUGAAACGGUUAGAAAGUUAGAUUCAUUUUUAAUUAUAUUUAUCCGAAAAUUUUAAGGAUAAAGUUAAUAUACACAGUAUUACUUUAUAAUAAAGUAAUACCAUUUUUAGUUGUCAGCCUUUUAUUUUGAAUUAAUAAUCAAAAUACAAUCCUAAUAAACGCAGAGAAUAGUACUGAGUGAGGGUGAUAAAUAUAGUGCACGUAAAUACCUUUAAAUUGUUGAUAUAGAAUAAUUUAACGGGUACCAAAUACCCUUUAUUAAUUUCAUACCGUUUGGAUCGUAUUGGUUAAUUAAGGAACCAUUUUAUGUGAUUUGCUGACCAAUCAGAAUGUGUAAAAAACAUAAUGUUUCGAGGCAAUUUGAAUUAAAUGUUUGCUUCGAUCUGUUAUAAAAUUUGUGUAAUAACAUUGAAAAUUUUAAUGUUUCUAGGUAAACUGUAACUGUAGUAAAAUGUAUAUUUUGUUUGAUAUUAUUGAUUUGACUUAAAUUUGUCAUAUUUCUUCCCAUAAACCUGUGCUUAAAAUUUCUUUUUUGUUGGUUGAACAGAUUUCCUAACAAAAUAGUUUUUCAAGAUCGUCUUUUUAGCUCAUUUCUUAUAUCUACUUUCCAAAAGAAGAAAUGUUACAAAAUUUGUAUACAAUUUUAAUGUUUGUAAAUAAAAUGCAAGUGUAGUAAAAUGUA